AUGGAGUACUCAGAAGGAGUAUUGAGGUUAUCAUUAUUUUUUAUGUCUGUUUUGGCGAAUGAGUGUUAUGGGUGUUGGGAGCAAGAGAGAGUCGCUCUUUUGGGGCUCAAACCUUCCAUCAACCACCCAUAUAUGGCUCUUCCUUGCCAUCAUGGGAGGAGGACUUCGAUUGCUGUGAAUGAACCUGCAAAUUACUUUUUUAUUGUGGGCCUUGCAGGUUUUGAAAAACUAUCAAGGUUGAGCAAUUUACAAAUCCUUGAUUUAACGGACAAUUAUUUCAAUAAUAGCAUCCUAACAUCUCUGAAUGGAUUUUCAACACUCAAGACUCUAUUUGGAUGGUUUGAACAACUUGAAAGAGCUGAAUAUAACCGGGACAACAUCGAUAAUAUCAUAUCCAACCAAGGGCUUUGUGAAUUGAGGAGUACUCUUCAACAUCUUGAUCUCUCCUAUAACAAACUGGAGGGUAACUUGCCCGGGUGCUUGGCAAAGUUGACAUCCCUUCGUUUUUUGGAUCUGUAUUCCAAUCAAUUCACUGGAAAUAUUGCAUUUUCUCCACUUAUUCAAAUGACAUUUCUUGAACACCUUGUCCUUUCAAACAACCGCUUCCAAGUCCCAAUCACGUUUCCAUCAUUCUUCAACCACUCAAAACUCAAGCUCAUUGAAAGCCAAGAAAACGAAUUGGUGUCAGAAUUGAAUUUCCAGACUCCGGCGCCGCGUUUCCAACUGGCUGUUAUUCGUUUAUCUCACAGUGCAUCUAGCAAUACCAGUAGCACUACAGACUUUCCCAACUUCCUCUACUACCAAAAGGACCUCCAAAUAGUUGAGAUUUCUCAAAUUAGCUUUGAUGGGAAGUUUCCAAAUUGGUUGUUGGAGAACAAUAGAGGAUUAGUAGGACUUUUUCUACCAAAUAAUUCAUUCCGUAGAUAUCCUCAGUUGCCAUCCCAUCCCGAAACACAGCUUCUAGCACUAGAUAUCUCUCACAAUAACUUCCAGCAUAUUCCGAGAAACAUUGGUACAACUUUUCCAGGUUUAAUAUGGUUAACCAUGUCCGGAAAUAGAUUUGGUGGUAGCAUUCCCUCUUCAUUAGGUGAUAUGUCUUCUCUACAGAUUCUUGACUUGUCCAACAAUCAACUAUCGGGUGGAAUACCGGAGCACUUGGCCAUGGAAACCAAGGGUUUCAGCUAUGCAUUAGAUAUAUUUGCAGAAACCAAGCACAGAUCUUAUCAGGGCGAAUUCGGUAGAGAAGCAGAAGUAAAAUUCACUAAUAAAGGAACGUCACUCUCUUACAAGGGAAUCAAUCUUGAUCUAUUCUCAGCUAUUGAUCUCUCCUGCAACAGAUUGACAGGCCACAUUCCAAAUGAAAUUGGAAACAUUGGCGAAAUCAGAGCGUUGAACUUGUCUCACAAUGGCCUAAGCGGGACAAUACCAACAACGUUUUCAAACCUAUACAAAGUAGAGAGCUUAGAUAUCUCCUUCAACAACUUAAGUGGGAAACUCCCUUCACAGCUUAAUGAGUUGUAUUCUCGGCCAUAUUUAAUGUAUCAUACAAUAACCUGUCCGACACCAUACCACAAAGUAAAAGAUAUGUUCAAUUUGAUAAAUUUGAUAAUAGUAGCUACAUUGGCAAUCCACUUCUUUGUGGACCACCACUUUCAAGACCUUGCACCGCCAUUGGGCCACCUCCAACAACCCCAACAGUCGUGA